AUGUCAAAUCCAUGUCAAAAUGGCGGACUUUGCCGUGACCGUAACAAUGGCUAUACCUGUACCUGCCAGCCGGGCUAUCUGGGGGCUCACUGCGAGGUGGAUGUCGCCGUCUGUGACACGGGUACCGGUGCACGAUGCCAGCAUGGCGGCGAGUGUGUUGAGGGACCAGGACUAGAGUUCACUUGUGAAUGUCCGGCCGGCUGGCAUGGCCGCAUCUGUCAGGAGGAGAUCAAUGAGUGCGCUUCCUCGCCUUGCCAAAAUGGCGGCGUCUGUGUGGACAAACUGGCCGCCUAUGCAUGCGCCUGCCCCAUGGGCUACACGGGCGUCAAUUGUGAGGAAGAGAUACUCAUCUGUGCCGACAAUCCCUGCCAGAACAAUGCCCUCUGCCUCAUGGAGGAGAAUAUACCCACAUGCUACUGUGUGCCGGACUAUCACGGCGAGAAGUGCGAGUUCCAAUACGACGAAUGCCAACUGGGACCACGUUGCAUGAACGGUGGCGUCUGCAUCGAUGGCGUCGAUACCUUCUCGUGCUCCUGCCCCCCACUGCUAACGGGCAUGCUAUGCGAGUGCCUCGUGGUGGGUGAGGAAUCUCUCGACUGUAACUACACGGCUCCAGCGACACCUGCACCACCAGUGGCGCCCGUUACACCAGCCACGCUAACCACAACAAUAGCACCACCCACAGUGCGACCGGUUACGCCACCAGAGACAACAUUAGGACCACCAUCACCACCAGUGACCAUCACACCAACGGUAGAACCAUCAUCCGCCGGCUCAUCUUCAUCGGAGGAGACAGUGGUGGUUGUAAAGGUGACGGCAGCACCACCGGAUAGUGAUAGUCACAGUAUAGUUCGCGAACACACAACACUACGGCCAGAGUCUAUUACAGAGUCACCGGGGACAGCUGUACCCCCUACACCGCCAGCAGGCGGUGCUUCUUCAUCCUCGUCCGCAUCCUCCGAGGAAAGUCACAGUAUCUAUACCACCUUGCCACCCAUUCCUACACCUGGCGUCGCCACCACCUCCUCCUCCUCCUCGGCAGAAAGUUCACCAGAGGUCGUUACCUUCGAGGAGUACACCACGGUGCGGCGAUUCGAUGUGAGUGCCAGUGGCAGCAGUGACACUUCCAGCGAGGAAGUCACCACCACAAUGAGACCGACUGUACCACCUUCACCACCGAGCAUAACCAUUGCUGUGGAUUAUGCAUCCUCAUCGAGCAGUUCCGAAUCGGUGGAACAACCCAUACAUAUAACCACACCUGGCAGCAUCUUUGUGCAUCGCGUAACCACUUUUGAGACGAGCAUCUCUGUGGAUUACGCCCCAACACCAACACCCUAUUUCCCACCAGAAACCACCAAACCACCUCCAGAGGAAACCACGCGUCAUCUGUGGACCGAAAUGCCGACGACUGCGGCACCUUUCUUCACGGAAUACCCAGCCGAGGUACUCAUUACCACACAUCGCACCAGCGCCGGUAGAUUCACCACAAUGCAGCCACCAACACAACAAGAAACGACCACAUCACCACUGGAGUACGAGCCACCCAUUGUGGAGCUAACAACGCCACAAACACCGCACAUUGUGGUCACCAUUCUGGAGGGUAACGUAACAAUGCCGACUACAACCGACUUGCCACCAGUGACGACCCACGCAAUAGCAGGAACACCACUAAUCGAAAUUGAACCCUACACAACGCAAUUGCCACCGGUAGUGGUAACCGUACCCAUGCCUGUGGAGAUAACAACGCCACAGCUGAUGACAACGGAGGAUUUGCUAGGACCGCCGGUGCCACCAUUAAUGACCAUAGAACCACCUAGGGAGACAACCAUUCCGCCACCCAGACCAGUGACAACUCCGGCACCCACGCCAAUGCCCACGGAACCACCACCAACAAGCCCUUCCAGUCUACCUGCAGUCACUGUGCCUCCCACACCACCCUCCACCCAGUCGGCACAAACGUUGCCACCGCCUACACCAUCGUUGCAUGUCUACAGCACAUCGGGACAGCCAGAGUUACCAACACAAACCAAGCCGCCAGUGACCGACAGUAGCGAGGAAACUGAGGGUGCCAAUACAGUAGCCACCGGUGGUGGUGCUGUGGGUGGGGCAGAGGAAAAAUCUGGUGAUGUCGAUUGCAUUAAACUUGGCUGCUACAACGGCGGCACAUGUGUGACCACCUCGGAGGGGUCUCGGUGUGUUUGCCGCUUUGAUCGCCAGGGACCGCUUUGUGAGCUGCCGAUCAUUAUACGAAAUGCGGCAUUCUCUGGGGAUUCUUACGUAUCGCAUCGCAUCUACAAGGAUAUACCGCCGCACGAGGCGCUGGAUGCGGUACUGCCGAUGCAUAUACAACUGAAGGUGCGCACUCGAGCCACCAACGGGCUGAUCAUGCUGGCCGCUGCCCAGGGAACCAAGGGCGGCCACUACAUGGCCCUGUUCCUGCAAAAGGGUCUCAUGCAGUUCCAGUUCUCGUGCGGCCUGCAAACGAUGCUGCUGAGCGAACUGGAAACGCCCGUGAAUACCGGUCACGAAAUUACCAUUCGAGCUGAAUUGGACUUCAGCCGCAAUUAUACGCACUGCAACGCUUCGCUGCUCGUCAACGACACGUUGGCCAUGUCCGGAGAUCAGCCGACAUGGCUGAAACUGUUGCCGCCACGUUUGCAUACGCCGGAGGUCAUACUGAACACUUGGCUGCAUUUGGGCGGAGCACCCCAGGCUCCAAUUGGCCUUAUUAUCGAACUGCCGCCAGCCCAAAGCGGCACUGGCUUCACCGGCUGCUUGCAUACUCUCCGCAUCAAUGGACAGCCCCGCGAAAUAUUCGGUGACGCGCUGGAUGGCUUCGGCAUAACGGAAUGCGGCUCAUUGGCAUGUUUGUCGAGUCCAUGUCGCAAUGGCGCUGCCUGCAUCAAGAUCGAAUCAAAUGAGCUGGACGUGAGCGGUGACAAGGCUGAGAAAUGGAAAUGCAAAUGCCCCACAGGAUAUAUGGGGCCGACCUGCGAGAUAUCCGUUUGCGAGGACAAUCCUUGUCAAUAUGGCGGCACUUGCGUCCAAUUUCCGGGCAGCGGCUAUCUCUGCCUCUGUCCGCUGGGCAAGCAUGGGCACUAUUGCGAGCACAAUCUCGAGGUGGCAUUGCCCUCCUUCUCGGGCAGCGUGAAUGGUCUCUCCUCGUUUGUGGCGUACACGGUGCCCAUUCCACUGGAGUAUUCACUGGAGCUGAGCUUCAAGAUAUUGCCACAGACAAUGUCGCAAAUUUCGCUGCUUGCCUUCCUCGGCCAGUCCGGUUAUCAUGAUGAGAAGAGUGAUCACCUGGCCGUUAGUUUCAUACAGGGCUAUAUAAUGCUAACGUGGAAUCUUGGCGCGGGUCCACGUCGCAUUUUCACCCAGAAGCCUAUCGAUUUUCGACUGGACGCUCCGCGUGUACCCUACGAGAUCAAGGUGGGUCGCAUCGGUCGCCAGGCCUGGCUAUCGGUCGACGGCAAAUUUAAUAUAACGGGCCGCUCCCCGGGCAGCGUCAGCCGCAUGGAUGUGCUCCCCAUACUAUAUCUGGGCGGACAUGAGAUUACCAACUUCAAUACGCUGCCACACGAUCUGCCGCUGCAUUCGGGCUUCCAGGGCUGCAUCUAUGAUGUGCAGCUGAAGGCCGGCCAGGUGACGGUGCCACUACAGGAAACGCGUGGAGUGCGGGGUCGCGGAGUGGGACAGUGUGGCACGCGUGAGUGUCACAGACAUGCCUGCCAGCACGACGGAGCCUGUCUGCAGCAUGGAGCAACAUUUACCUGCAUCUGCCAGGAGGGCUGGUAUGGUCCACUUUGUGCACAGGCCACAAAUCCCUGCGAUUCGUUCAACAACAAGUGCUACGAGGAGGCAACUUGUGUGCCGCUCGUCAAUGGCUACGAAUGCGACUGUCCGGUGGGACGCACCGGCAAGAAUUGUGAGGAAGAAAUACGUUCACUUAGCGAUGUCUCACUGACCGGUCGUCGUUCGUAUCUGGCCGUGCGUUGGCCGUAUCUGUAUGAUAAUAGCGAUAAGUUGGGCGCCAAGCGAUCCCAAAUGGCCAGCUAUCGCAACUUUACCAAAAAGCUGAUGCCGCCGAAGCCUAUCUCGACGCCCAGCACACAUUUUGUGAUGAAGCUGCUCAACGAGGUGGAGAAGCAGCGCAGUUUCUCGCCGGUGCCGCUGAUGGGAUCCAAGACAUUCGAGGAGCACCAUCGUGUGCAAUUCUUCUUCAUUGAGUUCCAAUUGCGUCCGCUCUCCGAGCGUGGACUGCUCCUCUAUUUCGGCACACUAAACAACAAUCUGGACAAGAAGAUUGGAUUCGUUUCGCUGUCGCUGCAGGGAGGCGUCGUCGAGUUCCGCAUCUCGGGACCCAGCAAUCAUGUGACCGUCGUCCGGAGUGUACGCAUGUUAGCGAUUGGCGAGUGGCACAAGAUCAAGAUGGCGCAACGUGGACGUUGGCUAACAUUGUGGGUGGAGGGUAGUGCCUCCUCAGCGCUGGCACCCUCCGCAGAGGUGCUGGUCGAGCCCGAUUCGCUGCUGUACAUUGGCGGCCUCAAGGAUGUCUCCAAGUUGCCACACAAUGCAAUCUCCGGCUUUCCCAUACCUUUCCGGGGCUGUGUACGCGGCCUCGUCGUCAGCGGCACUCGCAUUGUGCUCAACGAAACCAAUAUCAUGGAGUCACGCAAUAUUCGCGACUGUGACGGCACAGCCUGUGGCGGGGAUUCCUGUGAAUCUGGUGGCCAUUGCUGGCUGGAUGAGAAGCUGCAGCCGCACUGCAUCUGUCCGGAAUAUGCCAAGGGCGAUCGCUGUGAAUACUCGGAGACGUGCAAGCUGAUUCCGUGCAAGAAUAACGGACGAUGUUUGCGCAGCGGUCGCUGCUCCUGUCCCAAUGGCUGGGGCGGCUUCUACUGUGAGAUUGCGCUGAGUAAGCCGACAACACCAAGCUUCCGGGGCAACAGUUACCUGAUCUUGCCGCCCCCUCGCAUCCCGAUGAAAGACAAGCGUCGAGGGCCAUCGCUCUAUGUGCGACCGCGCGAAGCCAUACAAAUCUCACUGAACUUCUCCACCAUUGAGCCGGACGGUCUGUUGCUCUGGAGCGAGCACAAUCACCAGAAAUUCCUCGGCCUCGGCCUUGAGAAUGGCCAUCUGAAGCUGGCGAGCAAUUUAUUGGGCAGCAACAACGACACCGUUCAGGCACCAGCCAGCGGCUUCAUCGCCGAUGGAGCCUGGCACGGCACCAGCGUCCUCCUGGAUCGCACUCGACUCGAGUUGCAACUGGAUGGCGAGGUGAUAUUCACCGAGCGAUUGCCGGAGCUUAAUCGGCGCUCACCAACCAAAACAACAACAACAACACCGACUACAACAUCUUUGCAGCGACAGCGAGGAGGUGGCAAGGAGCCAACGAUUAGCUAUGAGGAUAUUUUCUAUUUGGGUGGAUUUCCAAAUCAGGACUCGGUGAGCAAACGGACCCAAGGACGUUACUUUGAGCCAUUCAAGGGUUGCCUGCAGGACAUACAGUUCGGUGCAGAGCCAAAAGCCGUUAUAAGCGAUUUCUCGGCAUACCAGGGCGAGAACAUUGGCUCCUGUGAUUUGCACGGCGAUGAGCCGAUUGUUCUAUAA